AUGGCGAAACCUACCGCUCCUUGUUUCGAAGAUGUCCUUGGUUGUCAGGCAGCCCUUUAUGAAUGGGCGGAGAGUUAUGACACUAAAGACUGGGAUCGUCUCGCCCAGUGCAUUGCUCCCACGCUCCGGAUCGAUUACCGUGCUUUCUUGAACAAGCUCUGGGAAGAAAUGCCUGCGCCUGAGUUCCUGCUCAUGGCGUCCGAUCUCAAGUUCCUGGGCAACCGUCGCCUGAAGACGCAGCAUUUCGUCGGCGGGGCGUCUAAGUGGCUCCAAACCAGCGAGGAUGAGAUCACUGGCCAACAUCAGAUGCGCGUCGCUCAUCAGAAAUACGCCGACGAUGCGCUGAGCGAAGUCGCCCUUAAGGGCCACGCCCACGGGCAUGCCACCAUCUGGUAUCGCAGGGUGGAGGGGCAAUGGCGGUUUGCUGGCAUCGAGCCGGGCAUCCGCUGGUCAGAAUAUGACCAUGACCGGAUCUUCUUCGAGGGCUUAACCGUUCGGUCCGGUUGUGAUCUCUCUGGCCCAUCACUUUUACACUCCUGA